AUGGACGUGGAGGCCGAGCUGAGCCAACUGGCUGAAGAGUUUGGGUUUGGGGUGAAGCACAUCGGCACCUCGCGAUGGACCAAAUCCCGUGGGGCGCCAGGGGAGAGGGCCUACGUGGCUGUCACCACGCUCGAGGGCACUCCUCUUUGCAUUGAACUGUCGACCCGCGGCUGGAAGGUGCUGGGCGAGCUUGAGGAUGCUGCUUCGUCCGAGGCGCAGUUUGCGGAUCUCCGAAAUCACGAAGAGGGCAGCAGGCGAUGCUACGAUACCAUGCAGGCGCUCCUCAUGACUGAGAGUCCGCUCUAUCGCCAAGCGUUCCACGAUCGCCUGCUCGGCCGGCUCUCCGCUGCCUUCCCUCAUCCCGUGACGUAA